AAAAAUGGUCAUUCCAGGAACGGUAGGUAAAGAUUAAAAUAAUAAGUGGCCGUGAAGGCUAUCACAUUACUCAAAUAAAUGUAAAAAGAAUAAUUCGGUGAAUGAGAAAACGUUUUACAAAGCAGCCAAGCAAGUUUCGAGAUGGAUAAGCCAUGACCCAAUCAGGGCGCAAAAAAACGCGCCAAGGUUCGUUACGUUUCGUAUUUCUUUUUAUUUUAUUGUAAAAAGGCGACGCAACUUUUCCGUCAGUCUUCCAAACGAUACAAUUUCACUCAAAACAUUCGACGAUUUAACUUCAUUGUGAAACGAAUAUGAAAAUGGUUCAUUCGAACUUCCUGUUCCUGCUCCUCCUACCUCUCUGUUUCGCUCGAAAGAUAGAUUUUGAAGAGUGCGGUGGCACUGUGAAAUCAGUUGAUGUUGAACCAUGUUCUUCCGAGCCUUGUGAAAUUCCAAAAGGAUCUGCCGCCAUUAUAUCAGUUCAUUGUGUUUCAAAUGUGAAUAGUGAGAAACUGAGACUGUCUGUAUGGGCUGACCUUGCUGGUAUUGAAUUACCCUAUCCAGGAAUGAAGAGAGAUGCCUGCAAAGGAAAGAACUUGACCUGUCCCAUCACACACAACCAAGAUUUGCACUACACACAGAAAUUCGAAGUCAAAAAAUUCUUCCCAAACGUUCAGACAAAAGCCAGGUUCAACCUGAAGACCAACGAUGAUCAGGAUAAGGACAUCUGUUGCUUCCGAGCUCCCGUCAAAGUUGUCAACGCUAAAGAAUAAAAAAAAAAGCACACAAAUUUUGUCAUUAAGUUAUUAUUUCUCCCUGCGACUUCACUGAUAAUAAUUGAGUUCAUAAUUUGUAUUUCUGUAAAUAUGAGAUUAAAAUAAAUGUUUCACUUCA